UUUUUCUUGAUCGUGAAAACGCCACCAAAAUUCUGAAUCGGCCAAAGAGGUAUAAUUCAGGCAAACUGGAAGAGGUUAUUCGAGGGAACCUUGAGAGAGAAUGUAUAGAAGAAAAGUGCAGUUUUGAAGAAGCUCGAGAAGUUUUUGAAAACACUGAAAAAACCACUGAAUUUUGGAAGCAGUAUGUUGAUGGAGAUCAGUGUGAGUCCAAUCCAUGUUUAAAUGGCGGCAGUUGUAAAGAUGACAUUAAUUCCUAUGAAUGCUGGUGUCGAUAUGGAUUUGAAGGAAAGAACUGUGAAUUAGAUUCAACGUGUAGCAUUAAGAAUGGCGGAUGCAAGCAGUUUUGUAAAAACACUGCUGAUAGCAAGGUGGUUUGCUCCUGUACUGAGGGAUUCCAACUUGCAGAAGACCAAAAGUCCUGUGAACCAAUAGUGCCAUUUCCAUGUGGAAGAGUUUCUGUUUCAUCCAAUUCUGAGACGUUCACCCGUGCUGAGACUAUUUUUUCCAAUAUAGACAAUGAAAAUUCUACUGAAGAUGAAACCAUUUUGGAUAACGUCACUCAAAGCACCCAGUCAUUUAAAGACUUCACUAGGAUUGUUGGUGGAGAAAACGCCAAACCAGGUCAAUUCCCUUGGCAGGUCCUUUUGAGUAGUGAAACUGAGGCAUUCUGUGGAGGUUCCAUCAUUAAUGAAAAAUGGGUCGUAACUGCUGCCCACUGUAUCAAACCUGGCGUUAAAAUUAUAGUUACUGCAGGUAAACAUAACAUUGAAAAGACAGAACCUACAGAGCAAAAGCGAAAUGUGAUUCAAGUUAUUCCUCACCACAGCUACAACGCAACUAUUAACAAGUACAACCAUGACAUUGCCCUUCUGGAACUGGAUAAACCCUUAAGGCUGAAUGGCUAUGUGACACCUAUUUGUGUUGCCAACAAGAAAUACACAAACAUCUUCCUCAAAUUUGGAUCUGGCUAUGUGAGUGGCUGGGGAAGAGUCUUCAGCAAAGGGAGAUCAGCUUCAACUCUUCAGUACCUUAAAGUUCCACUUGUUGACCGAGCCACAUGCCUUCGGUCUACAAAGGUCACCAUCUAUAGUAACAUGUUCUGUGCUGGCUUCCAUGAGGGUGGUAAAGAUUCAUGUCAAGGUGAUAGUGGGGGACCCCAUGUUACUGAAGUGGAAGGGACCAGUUUCCUAACUGGAAUUAUUAGCUGGGGUGAAGAGUGUGCAAUGAAAGGCAAAUAUGGAAUAUAUACCAAGGUCUCCUUGUAUAUCAACUGGAUUAAGGAAAAAACAAAGCUGACUUAAAGAAAAAUAUAUUUCCAAUGUUGAUUCUUUGGGAUUGAAUAUGGACAGGAUCCCUUACUAACUAAUCACUUUCCUAUAUCUUGUUAGAUUUGAAUAUACACAUUCUACGCAUACUGCUUCUUCUCUUUACAGGGGAAAAUUUCAUCCAGAAUUUGUAUUUUACUAAAAUAAGUAGAUGAGAAAAUGUAAUCACUAGAAAAAUAGAAUGUGGUAGGAAAUCACGACCAUUGCUACGGGUUCAGCCCUUGACACAAUUGUGUAAUUCUCCACCCUGCCCAUCAGGAACUCUGGUUCCCCACUGUGGCAACUCACCUGAUUUUCCCUCCUUAGCAGCUUUCCAUGUUCCAGAUCUUUCUUGCCUCUCCCACCAAUACAUUAAUAUUUAUCAGGUCUGUAUACAGUGUCUUUGGUCUAGUCCAUCACAAGGUCAGCAUCACACUCAUAAAGAAAGAACGCAGGAGCAGCCAACAGGUUAAAACUUAUCACAAGCACUACUACUUCUCCUCUAACCUUAUUCUUGAAUCCAUCAUCUUGUCUAACUCCCAAUACCCAAAUUAGUUUUUCUCUUUCUCACUCCCUCUCUCCCUUUUUCCCUCCACAGUCAUUAAAGUAGGGAAAAGGAGCAUCAUACAGUUUUACUGCUGGACACA